ACUUCCUUUCUUCUCCAGCGCGCAGUUGUCAUUAGCAAUUUAAGUUAGCUGUGAAAUAGUUGGGUGUCCCAUCAGUGUUGUGUAGCGUUUUACUUGGAUUGUGUAGUGAUAAAGUAAAAAUGACGGAAGUAUCGUGUAAAGCACCAGUUUCCGCCCUCCAGGAGUAUCUCAUGAAGAAAAGGCUGCCGCUCCCUUCGUACGAGUUUAGCAAUGUUUCUGACAAAGGCGGCCCAACAUUCCAGUGCAUUGUGACCGCACUGAGUGAAAUGGCGAUAGGAUUGGGGCGCUCAAAGAGCGCGGCUAAGCAUGAGGCUGCGGAGAAUAUUUUGAGAAAAUUCCAAACUAGCGACAGGGAAGUGUGCUAUGCACCUCAGGUUAAUACGCCAGAGUUUGAUGCGGUGUCGGCGCUUCGUCAGAUGUGCGUGGAGCGCAACUACCCUUAUCCCCAAUUCGAGAUUACGCAAGGGGGUGACCAAGUUGCGCCCAAGUUCACUUGCAAAUGCAGUGUGGCCACUCUCUCUUGUUCUGCAACAUCUUCGUCGAAAAAGUGGGCUCGCCAGCUAGCGGCGCAAGCAGUCAUGGAAUUAGUUGAUGGAAUUCCCGUACUGGACAACGUAGAUGAUCUUAUGAAGUAUGAAGAUGAAAAGAAUCGUUCUAAAUUUAAAAUUUACAAAGAAAUAACUGAAUCCGAUGAAAAAGAUCUACCCGGGGUCUUGUUGAGUAAUCGUCAUAAUUAUUUCAAGAACUUACCAGAGGAAGUUAAAACGGCCGCGAAGCGAGCACUUACUGACCAAUACCACAUUCCUUCUGCAGAUCGUGUUGAUCAAGUGCUGAGGGCUAUGAAUAUAAUCUGCAAGAAGAGUAAACUCCGAUGCAAUCCUGGUCCGGAUAUGCUAUUUAUUGAAUUAGUUUGUCAAAUGGAUGUGGUUUUUGCCGGUGAUGAGGAACUUUUGUAUGACGAAAUCUUGGAUUACUUUAAAGUCAUGUUAGAAUAGGAAAACGCGUUUAUUGUGGUUCUGAAGAUAUUGUAUGCAAUACAUUAUAUUGUCGUUAAUAAU